AUGUACCUGUUUCAUACAUGGGGAAGCCACGAAGUUUACCAGGGCAAACAACGGACCUGCAUAAACAUUUGGCUAAUUUUAUGCUUGUUUCCAAGAACCUGUGUAUCAAAUCCUUCAAAACCCAAUUUUUUACUGAUACUGGCUGAUGAUCUUGGUAUUGGAGAUGUGGGUUGCUAUGGCAAUGAUACAAUAAGGACCCCUAACAUUGAUGGCUUGGCAAAAGAUGGAGUGAGACUUACUCAGCACAUUGCUGCAGCGGCUGUCUGUACUCCGAGCAGAGCAGCUUUUCUGACUGGCAGAUACCCCAUCAGAUCAGGCAUGGCAUCCAGCACUCAACGGCAGGUUCUCUUUUGGAAUGGGUGUUCUGGUGGGCUCCCACCAAAUGAAACAACCUUUGCCAAAAUACUGCACCAGCAAGGUUAUUCUACAGCACUUGUAGGGAAGUGGCAUCUGGGGGUGAACUGCAAAUCCCACCGUGAUCACUGCCACCAUCCUCUGAAUCACGGCUUUGAUUAUUUUUACGGCAUGCCUUUUACCCUUUUGAACGAAUGUCAAGGCACAGAUGACCCUGAGCUGGCCAAAUCAUUGCAAGAUACAUAUUGGCUUUACACACAGAUGAUCAUCCUUGCAGUGCUUACUCUUUUGAUUGGAAAACUUACCAAUUUGUUCCCAUUAAAAUGGAAAAUAAUAGUGUGUCUGGCCAUCUGUGGUCUUCUGUAUUUCAUCUCCUGGUUCUCCAGCUAUGGUUUCACCAAGUACUGGAACUGUAUCCUGAUGAGAAACCAUGAUAUCACUGAACAACCAAUGAAUCUAGAAAAAAUGACUCCUAAUAUGCUAAAGGAGGCGGUUUCAUUCAUUGAAAGAAGCAAGCACAGACCGUUUCUUCUCUUUGUUUCCCUUUUACAUGUUCACACCCCUCUCGUUACCACAGAGGAGUUUCAGGGAAGAAGCACACAUGGGCUAUAUGGAGAUAACGUAGAGGAGAUGGACUGGAUGGUGGGCAGGCUUCUGGAUGUUAUUGACAAAGAAGGUUUGAAGAAUACCACAUUCAUUUAUUUUGCAUCUGAUCAUGGAGGAUCCUUAGAGGCUCACAGGCGAAAUGCUCAUUUGGGUGGAUGGAAUGGGAUCUAUAAAGGUGGAAAAGGAAUGGGAGGCUGGGAAGGAGGGAUCCGUGUUCCAGGAAUAGUUAGCUGGCCAGGAGUGCUGCCUGCAGGGACAGUUAUCAACGAACCAACAAGCCUCAUGGACAUUUUCCCAACAGUGGUUCAGCUGGCUGGAGGGACACUGCCUCAGGACAGGGUAAUCGAUGGGCGCACCUUGCUGCCUUUGCUGCGGCGGACGGUUCAGCGCUCCGGGCACGAGUUCUUGUUUCACUACUGCGGUGUGUUUCUGCAUGCAGUGCGGUGGCACCAAAAGGACA